AAUCACAGCGGCAGCGGCGGCUGCGGGUUGCGCGAGCCGAGUGUGAGAGGAGAGGGACCCGGCGCCUGUCCCGGGGCUGAAGAGCGGUGAGUAGCCGUCACGUCCCGCGCCCUAGGAGGACGUCGGGCCCUGUUCGGGGCUACGGCCUCCCCGCAAAACGCGGCCUUUCCUGACGUAACUCUGAGUCACAGGAAUGUGAGGUGCAGGAGAACAGGAAGCCAGCCUGCAAGCUCACCUCCCACCAUCAGCACCUCUGUGAUGCACAGUGUACAGCGGGCUCACAAACACUCGGGAGAGGAAGAGAGAAGGAAGAUGUGUACUUGCCAGAUCAAUUGCAGGAUGGAGGGACUGCUACAUUACAUCAACCCAGCACAUGCCAUCUCUCUGCUCAGCGCCCUCAAUGAGGAGCGCCUUAAGGGACAGCUAUGUGAUGUACUCCUGAUUGUUGGGGACCAGAAGUUCCGAGCUCAUAAGAACGUCUUGGCUGCCAGCAGUGAGUACUUCCAGAGUUUAUUCACGAAUAAGGAGAACGAGGCACAGACUGUCUUUCAGCUCGACUUCUGUGAGCCUGAUGCUUUUGACAACGUUCUGAACUACAUUUAUUCUUCCUCCCUUUUUGUGGAGAAGGGCAGCCUUGCUGCUGUGCAGGAACUGGGGUAUAGCCUUGGUAUCUCCUUCCUGACCAACAUCAUUGCCAAAGCCCCUCAGGCUCCUUUUCCAGCCUGUCCCAACAGGAAAAGAGUUCCGGUGGAAGAUGAUGAGACCAGCUCUCAAAAGCGAAGUGUCAUCGUGUGUCAGGGCAGAAGCGAAGUGCCAGGGAAAGCCAGUGGUCCAGCUGUGCAGGACCUCAGCCAUGCUGCCCGGGCGUCCCCAAGUGGUGCAGUCAAGACCAGCACCAAUAAGCCACAUGUGGCCAAGCCGCCAGAGCAGCUUCACAGCCUGUCCUUAACGGAAAAGAGUUGGCUGAAGGAUAGUGCUGCAGUAUAUGCCAAGUCUGUGGAACAACCUGGGGCUUUGGAUGAUCCUAACAGGGGUAGUUUGGUUAAGAGAAAUGCAGUUCUGCCCUCAAAGCCUUCACAAGAUAGGGAGGCCAUGGACGAUAAACCAGGAGUGAGCAGCCAGCUUCCCAAGGGGAAAGCUAUAGAGCUGGCUCUGAAGAGACCACGGCCACCUGUUCUGUCUCUCCGUAGCUCAUCAGAGACUCCAUAUCUCUUAAAAGAGACUAGCAAAGGAGGCAGUCAGGGGGAGGAUAGGAACUUGCUCUACUACUCUAAGCUAGGCCUGGUGGUUCCAUCCAGUGGGCCUGCCUCUGCAAACCAGAGUGUUGACAGAAGUGGCCCACUAGUGAAAAGCCUCCUCAGGCGGUCACUGUCUAUGGACAGCCAGGUUCCUGUCUACUCCCCCUCCAUAGAUUUGAAGUCGUCCCAGGGAUCAUCCAUAGCAGCAAAUGAGGCAUCAGGCAGUGUGUUCUGUGCAGUGUCUCAAAAGUCCUCUUUAAAAGAUGGCAGUGACAAAAAAACCCUGGAUGACAGGCCUCAAGUGCUCCAGCCUCACCGCCUCAGGUCCUUCAGUGCGUCUCAGUCAACAGAUAGGGAGGGGACCUCCCCUGUGACUGAGGUGCGCAUUAAGACUGAGCCUAGCAGCCCUCUGUCGGACCCCUCAGACAUCAUCCGGGUCACCGUGGGAGAUGCAGCAACAACUACGAGAGACCUGCCCCUCAAAACAGAGGAAGACCAGAGGGACAUUAGCAGACUCCCAGCAAAAAGAAGGUUCCAGACAGACAGAAGGUCACCCUUGAAGAAAGCAAGGGCAAAUGAGCAUGGGCCUUCUGUCUCAGAAGAGAACUGUGAGGAGGGCAGGAGCCCUCCUUCCCUUGACAGCAACUUCCCAGAUUCUGAAUUAAACAGAGAGGAGUUUGGUGAGUUGGAGGGGACGAGACCAAACAAAAAAUUUAAAUGCAAACAUUGCCUUAAGAUUUUUAGAUCAACCGCGGGUCUUCACCGCCAUGUUAACAUGUACCAUAACCCAGAGAAGCCUUAUGCUUGUGACAUCUGUCACAAGAGGUUUCAUACCAACUUCAAAGUGUGGACACACUGUCAGACCCAACACGGCAUAGUGAAGAACCCAUCGCCAGCCUCUAGUUCCCAUGCAGUGUUGGAUGAGAAAUUCCAAAGGAAACUGAUUGACAUAGUGAGAGAGAGGGAGAUUAAGAAGGCCCUGGUCAUUAAGCUCAGGCGCAGCAAGCCUGGCUUCCAGGGACAGAGUAGCUCCCCAGCACAGCAAGUCAUCAAGAGGAACUUGCGCUCCCGAGGCAAGGGGGCCUACAUUUGUGCCUACUGUGGCAAGGCGUACCGCUUUCUCUCUCAGUAUAAGCAGCACAUAAAGAUGCACCCGGGAGAGAGGCCCCUCGGAGUGAGCAGAGCUGCUAAGCCGAAAGAGCAGGCUCUGGCACGCGCGGUAGAGAGCAAGGAGGUUUACCCGUGCCGCCUCUGUAAUGCUAAGCUCUCUUCUCUUCUAGAGCAAGGCAACCACGAGCGCUUGUGCCGGAAUGCCACCGUUUGCCCUUUCUGCAGCCUCAGGUUCUUCUCCCCAGCGCUGAAGCAGGAGCAUGAAGACAGGUGUGAGUACAAAAAGCUGACCUGCCUGGAGUGCAUGCGCACCUUCAAGUCUUCCUUCAGCAUCUGGCGGCACCAGGUGGAAGUGCACAACCAGAACAACAUGGCUUUAGCAGAGAACAUUUCCCUGCCUACCCUGGACCACAAUGGUGAAGUGGCAGCUGCUUCCAGGCCUCAGUCUGAGCCUAGCAAGGUAAACCAUGUGACUGCUCCAAAAGAGGACACAGUGUUUAGUGACUCUUCAGAGCAAGUGAACUUCGAUUCUGAGGAUUCCUCCUGCCUCCCUGAAGACUUGAGUCUUUCAAAGCAACUGAAAGUCCAAGUCAAAGAGGAGCCUGUGGAGGAGGCUGAGGAGGAGACUCCUGAGGCCAGUGCAGCUCCCAGGGAGGCUGGUCCCAGCAAGGAGGCUGGUCUGUGGCCCUGCGAGAAAUGUGGGAAGAUGUUCACGGCACACAAGCAGCUGGAACGACACCAGGAGCUGCUGUGUUCCGUGAAACCCUUCAUCUGCCAUGUGUGCCACAAAGCCUUCCGUACCAACUUCCGGCUCUGGAGUCACUUCCAGUCCCACAUGUCUCAGGCCACAGAGGAGCCUGCACAGAAAGAGGCUGAGGUGUGUCCUGUGCCCACAAAUUCCCCCUCACCACCACCUCUGCCACCUCCACCGCCCUUGCCUAAGAUCCAGCCCCUGGAGCCCGACAGCCCCACAGGCCUUUCUGAGACUCCGACCCCUGCCACAGAGAAACUGUUUGCACCCCAGGAAUCAGACACCCUCUUCUACCACGCCCCUCCCCUUUCAGCAAUCACAUUUAAAAGACAGUUCAUGUGCAAACUCUGCCAUAGGACAUUCAAGACCGCUUUCAGUCUUUGGAGUCAUGAGCAGACACACAAUUAAAUGACCUACCCCUCUCACCUGUCACAGAACAGCAGCCCCUGGCUUUGUGAACUGUGUCCUAAGACAACUUUUUUUAAAAAAAUAAUAAAGGUUGGAAACUGUUAUGUUUGAAUUUUGAUUUGGGAUAAAUUGACGUUGGCUAGGAAUGUUCUAACAACUUCAGAAACAAACUCUGAAAUAUUGUGCUUCUGGACCUCAGCCAGCAGGGCUUUGAUUCUGUUACUGUUGAAGUUGAGUUAAUGUUGCUGAACUGCAUGGUUCCUCAUUCCAAGGCGUCGCUAUAAUCACUUGACUGAGGUUUUUGCCUUUUGUUUUCUGGGUAGUGGGAUACUAGGGUAUUGUUGGGUUUUUGGUUUGGGGUUUUUUAAUUUAUUAUUUUGGACACGUAAGUUUGAGGUAACCCUUAGCCAUGUUUGUAAGGCCAAAAACAUACAAGGAAGAAAGGGAGUUGUUUGCAGUAUUGAGUCAGAUUUUAGAAUACCUUAGCAAUAAGAAAAAACAAACCCCAACUUUAAUAAAUUAUCCUGACACUUGAUAAGACAGAAAUUUGGUAUUUUGUGGUCCUAUGAAACUUUUUUUAUGAAAAUUGUGAGAAUUUAAAUCAGCAAUAGUCACACUUAGUUGUGUUUUUUUUUUUUUAAUAAAAUAAGCUGUCAGUCACUUUGUAUAAUCAGUGAUGGUCACAUGCUAAGGAAGGCAAAGAAAUGGAAGCCUGUUUGUGGAGUGCUCAGCGUCAGCAGCAACAAAUUAGUGUGAAAACCACUGGACUCUGGUAUGCCGUCUGCACCACAGCAGCUUACAGCUGGCGCUCUGGAACUGGCAUGGUCCCUGCCAGCUUGAAACUCGGGUGUCGCUGGGAUAGGCGGUGCUAGCAUGAGGUUAGCACAGCACAGCCUCACCACAUCCUAGACUACCAUUCCUUCUAGGGCCUUCAGAGAUUAGAGGAAGUGCCACGUUGUAGUUUCCAUGUGCUCUCCAAGAACUGUAUGCACAACAUACAUAUUUCUGCCUGUCUGAUGUGAGGACUUCUGUGGGAGUAUUGACGUGGAUAGGUGAGAAGUCACUCUCUGACAUGCAAAUGUGUAUUGAAACACUAGCAAAGGUCCAAAAUUAGAUUUUACAACUUGAUUUGGUACUUAGGGUUUGAGCAUCUUUUUUUCUGUUCCAUGUAGGUUGUAAUUAAAACCCUCUCCAUAGGCAAUAUCCAAAGUUCAGUGGAGUAAUUCAAAAGACAAACUUUUGAUUUCACUCCCUCGAGGGAGGAACACACCUGGAAAGAAAAUUAGGGGAGGAGAAAUUCCCUAUUUACUUUUGCUGUAUGCUGUGUCUUCACAUUUUCAAGUUGUGCUCUAGCAGAGACACCACCCAUCUGCUCACCAGCAUCCUACAUCCAUGGUAGCAAACAUUUUUAUAAAAUAGUCAUUGACUUUAUAUACUCUAGAAGCUAUAUGUGGAAUUUUGACCUUUAUCCGUUCACUUGAAAAGGCUAUUGAAAAUCCAUAAAUAUGUCUGCAUUUCCUAUUUCGUUCCUUAAAUUUUCAGAAAAGGGAAAUAAAAUUAGGUUGCAGUUACUGAUUCUUGCCAUCUGCUUUUUUGAACUAUGCAUUGAUGAAUGAAGCUAGUGCCAGGCUAGGUAGCUGUCCAUUGAACUCAUUCCGUGUGGUGAGUGUCUGGUCUCUCCCUCUAAGCACCUUGGAGUGUCACUUUUCUUAAGACCAUCUCCCUGCAUGGUCAUCUCCUGUGUAGCUACAGAGCGAUAAUCUCCAAACCUGGCAUUGCUAGUACAGUGCCCCAGGACUUGAACCUAUGCUACAUUUUUGAAAAUUUAUAAAAUAACAUUGUUGUAAAAAUAAAUAAAUAAAAGAAGUAUUUUUUAUCUAAAUGUAGGGUCUGCAUAUCUGUUAGGUUUUACAAAUUACCAGUGUUUGUCACCUUUUUUGUUUAGAAUAAAACAUAAGAUUUCAAAUAAAAUUUUGAACCAAAAACAUUUAUAAUGCAGUUGUGGUUUUUCUAUUGCUUUUUAUACUGUAUCUUAAAGGACGUCAGACUAAAAGAACUUAUUUUGGUGUCAAAAACUAUCCUUCCACUCAUGUAACUAUUUUAAAUGCUAAGAAACAAAAUAAUGAAAGACAUUAAUCACUGUAUUCAGUAAACAGUUUUUUAGAGAAUGUUUAUCUCAGCCAGCAGGCAGAUAUUUGGUGUUCAAUAAAUAGGUCUUUCACCAUUGUAAAUCUUUAGAUAGUAAAGAUAUUCUUGUAAAUGUUUUUCUGAUUGUAAUUAAUUUUUGCAAGUAUGGAAAGCACAUUGUUUCUUGUAAUUAUUUAAGAUGCCUGCUUUUUAUGCAGUUGUGGAAAGAAUGUAAACUGUUUUAAUAUAUUCUUUGUUA